AUGCCUGCUUAUUCUGAAACACACAGCGGAGAAAAGGGCCCCGCAGCCCGGGAAGCCACCGAGGAGAAGCCGGUAAAGACGGAGACGGCUUUCGGCGUUUUGCUGGACGAACGCGGCUACCUGGACACGGUCCGGUACAUCAUCCAGGCCGGGCGCCAUAAAGGAGACCGGACCGGGACUGGAGUCCGCUCCGUGUUCGGUGCCCAGAUGAGAUACAACCUUAGAGACCAGUUUCCCUUGUUGACGACAAAGAGAGUGUUCUGGAAAGGCAUCCUGGAGGAGCUGCUGUGGUUCAUCAAGGGUUCUACAAACGCCAAGGAGCUGUCGGAGAAGGGGGUGAAGAUCUGGGACGCCAACGGCUCCCGCGCUUUCCUGGACAAGCUGGGCUUCACCGAGCGGGAGGAGGGCGACCUGGGCCCCGUCUACGGCUUCCAGUGGAGGCACUAUGGUGCAGAGUACAAAAACAUGCGUGAAGACUACACGGGACAGGGCGUGGACCAGCUGCAGAACGUCAUCGACACCAUAAAGACCAAUCCCGACGACCGGCGGAUCAUCAUGUGCGCGUGGAACCCGAAAGACCUGCCCCGGAUGGCUCUGCCCCCCUGCCACGCCCUGUGCCAGUUCUACGUGUGCGACGGCGAGCUGUCCUGCCAGCUGUACCAGCGCUCGGCCGACAUGGGCCUGGGGGUGCCCUUCAACAUCGCCAGCUACGCGCUGCUCACCUACAUGAUCGCACACAUCACAGGGCUCACGCCCGGUGACUUCGUCCACACUCUGGGAGACGCUCACGUCUACGUCAACCACAUCCAGCCCCUGGAGGAGCAGCUCCAGAGGGACGUCCGCCCCUUCCCCAAGCUGAAGAUCAACAGGAAAGUGGAGAGCAUUGACGAUUUUCGUAAGGAGGAUUUCGAGAUCUCCGACUACAACCCCCAUCCAACCAUCAAGAUGGAGAUGGCUGUGUGA